AUGGAGCUGAACGAAGAUGCGUUCAAGAUUUUCCAGCCGUACAGAGAUGCCACCGACAAGGCCGUGGCAGUGGCCUCGUUCAAGCUGCGCGAUGACAGUGGCGAUGCCAGCUCGCUGCGAGUUGUCACCACGCACUUGCCCGACAUCCCUUAUGGUCCAGCUCGGAAAGAGUUCUGCCGUUGCAUGGAACAGCUGGAGGACAUUGCGCGAAUCCCGACAUUUCUCCUUGCCAGCUUGAGCUUCUCGGACCAGGUCAUCGAAGCGUGGAUGAGACACAAGUUCGGGAUGGAGAACGUCAAGUUCGCAGGAAUCCCGUACCCAACUAACAUCCACCAGGCAACCCUUCUGCCGAAGAGGAUCGACGGCAUUGCAUCCGUGUCUCCAGAGGCUACGUGGGAGGUUCGAGCAUUGGAGGCAGAUGAGGUCCUGCCUGGCUUGCAGCAGCAUGUGGAUCUCCUGCGUUACAGGCCGGUGGCAAUUGCAAAGAUGCGCCCGACCUAG